CUGUUUGGAAAAUGAGAAAAAAAUCUAGAUGACCAGUUUAUGUAAACUUUUCCUGGAUGCUAUACAUUUGUUAAAUUUCAUUAAAUUAGCCUGUUCAGGAACAAAAUAACAGAACCUCACGGGGAAGAAAUAACUCCAUCGUGCAGUUAGACAGUGAAUCUUUAAAAGAAAAUAAAUCAGGCAAAUAAACUGCACAAUUUUGCUUCACAAUCUUCAAUACAAAUGGUUUGUUGAGGAGGAAGGCAGCCACAUUAGUGUACCAGCGACGAGAGCUCAUUAGGAAUUAGCUGUAUUUGCGUGAAGAGCACAGGUAGCUACCACAGAAACCUGUCUGACCCUGCUCGUUGAAAGUGGUUACUAACUUCUGUGCAACAUAAAAAACUUAUUGUGCAGAUCUGUGGCUCUAAGCUGAAAUCAUUUCAAUGGAAGCAGAAGAACAUGACUACUAUCUUGACUAUACCGAUGUGCAGAACUUGACUUCAUUUUUUGCCUUUUUAAACUCCUCCUUCUCUACUUGUCAUGUGGAGUUUAAUGAGAAGCACAAGCUGGUUGUAUUGUUUCUUAUGUACCUCAUCAUUUUUGUGGUUGGCUUGACUGGGAAUGUCAUUGUUAUCUGGGUGAACUGGCAAUUGAGGAGCACGAAGAAAUUCAUCAGCCUCUACAUCCUGAACAUGGCAAUAGCAGACUUGGGCGUGGUGCUCACAGUGCCCAUAUGGAUGCUUGAGGUCAUCCUUGGGUAUACAUGGCUCUGGGGUGACUUCAUGUGUAAGCUAACACACUACUUUUAUUUUGCAAACAUGUAUAGCUCCAUAUUCUUUUUAACCUGCUUGAGCAUUGAUAGAUAUUUCUCACUGCGCCAUCCAGAAACACCAUGGCAUAAGCACCAGCACCAUAUACGUAUAUCCGUUUGUGCUGGUGUCUGGAUUUUGGCACUGGUGGCUCCCAUUCAUGAGGUGAUGCAUAUGACAGUGGUUGAAGCCAGUGAACCAAUGUGCUUUUUUCUGGCACCAUUUGAAUCUUAUAAAACCUGGGGACUAGCUGUUGUUCUGGUUGUUAGCAUUUUAGGAUUUGGUAUCCCAUUUCCAAUCAUUGUAAUUUUCAACAUCUUAACAGCCAUAAAUAUUUGCUCCUUGAGUAAAACAGAAAGACAGAGGCAUUGUGCUUUAAUUUCAGCUUACAUAGCAGUUUUUGUAAUAUGCUGGCUUCCUUUUCACAUUACAGUAAUUCUUUUUGCACUCCAUGGUACUCAUAUUACACUUAAUUGCUAUCUCCUACAUGGUUUAUACUUCUUUUAUGACAUCAUAGACUGCAUUUCCUUAAGCCACUGUGUAGCAAACCCUAUUCUAUAUAACUUUCUAAGCAAGAACUUCCAAAACAAGCUGAGAAAUGCAGUAGUGAUGUACCUUCCCAAACAGCAGGGGAACAAAGAUGGAGAAGCCUCUUCCAGCACCAGACACUCUGUAGUCAUUGUUAAUCAUGAGAACUGAGCUAUGACUUAUAAACUCUGAAUUAAAAACUGAAUAAGUAUUUUUGAAGUGGCUCCUCAGAAAUAACAUACUUAUGGAGGUAAGGUAUUUUACAAAUAUUUUAAAAUGGGCUUUAAUUUGUGUCAGCAAUUGUCACAGUUCCUCCUUUCAGAUAUGAGAGUCAGCAGUAACCAUUUUGAUAUACUUCAAUGACAUAGUGAGAAGAGACUGUAAAAGCAUUAUUCUUGGCUUAGGACUUCAUGUCAGCACAGUAUAGUGAGAUGUUAGCAGUCAUAAUAACAGAAAACAGCCUUCAAAUCUCCUACAACAACCUAAUUCCUUCUGCAACAGCACAAUGUGAAGUCACCAACAAGAUGACUGACUGAUGCAUAUAUGCAACGAAAAAGGAGAGAAAAUAAACUGAAGUACAACCUCUUUUCCUGUUGCUAUACAUCUAUGCAAGAGAACAUUAAAAACAAUAUUUUUGAGAUGGUGGGACAUCUUUGAAUUACACACACAGGGAUGAUGAUAUACAUGACUUCAACCUUGCAUUUCUUUUGAUGGUUCUGGGAUGCUUAUGAAAAAAAUAAAGUGAGAGACAUAGCUAGCAUUCUGGCAGCUCCAAAUCAUGAACGUGGCUUAUACUAGGUUGAUAAGUGUAUUCUAGGCUAAUGACCACCAGGGUCCUUAUAAACCUAGCGGUGCAACCCAGAUAUGAUGCACAAAUUUGAUUUAUACACACUAAAAAAACAAGUACUUCCUGGCACAAGUGUAUCAAAGAACCAAAUAACUGAAAAAAAAAACACUGGAAAAGCAGUGAGGCACAGUUCAAAAUGUAGUUUUUAGCAUAGCUAAAUCUUUAAUAGACACUAUUGUAUACAAA